UUUAAUUUAAAUUAAUCCUUAUUUCAGAGAUAUGGAUUUACAGACUGCAGUAUUUUACAUUAAGUGCUUAAAAGGCACCAUAUUAAACUGCUGAGCAACAUUUGUGUACAGCUCCAUACUGCGCUUACAGUUUGUAACCGCUAGGCGGCGGUGUCGCACUUCCACCGUUAACCUUAUACUCAGUCCAAGAAGAACAAUGUUGUUGUCAUGGCGGCGUUUUAAACUGAAGCUUUGUCUACAUUAACGUUUAAUUGUGUUAUCUAGCUAAAUAAUUAUUGCUCGUAGUGAUCAAUCAAUCGGGAGAAUAGGGCGAUCGUAUAAUAUUUUACAAUUGUCGCUUUAGUUUGCUGACUAGUUUUCACUUUGCUUGUUAGCUAGCUAGUUAGUCGUGUUUUUGACAACUGAAGGUUGUAGGUUGGAGCCAGAUUUGUGACUUCCGUGUCGAUGAGCACAGAUUAUCAGAGGGGAUCCCCAGUGAGAGCAGCUGGGGACAUACAUAACUACAUGGAGAAUGGAGCAUGGGUUAAAAAGGACAGUUUAGACCGGAUCCCUCGACCUCAAACGCAGCUUUUGUUUAAUCUUUCCUUGCCGACCAAUGUCCUGAACCGAGCAACUCAAGUAGGUUCUCCAGGUCCUAUUGUGAUUGAGAAGCUUAUAGCUCAUCGGGAGCGACAGAAUGCUGGUGAGAGCUGUAGCAGCUCCUUACGCCUUUCUGUUCUCUCUGAGGAUCAACUACAGGCUGCAGUGAGACUAGCCAAAAAAGACUUGCGCAGAAAACGACAGGAAUCCAUAAAUAGUCUGUCCCACAAGACAAGUGCGAGGCCUCCAAGUCCAGAUAAGAAUAAAACUGACAAUCAGCAGAAUGGGCUUUCCAUUAAAACUAGGCAGAGGACAAAAGAAGGAAGUCCAAAGAUGCAGACAAAGUCAUUCAAACAGGUGCUUGUAUAUACUCCUCAGAAGCUCUUUCAACCGUUUAAGGCUGAACAAGAGCAGUCUCCUCCAAGCAGAGACCCUGGAAUAAAAGUCAUCAGCAAUGAGCCACAGCUUAGCAAAGAGAUCCGCAAACUACAGAAGGAGCUGGAGACUUACGUCCAAAGAAUAGAGCAGCUUGUGAAUAAGGGACGAAUAGCGGAGAGUGUGGAGCCAGACGAGAAGCGCAGGAUCGAGAUCCGCCAGCAGGAGCAGGCUGCUCGCUCUGCACGGAUUAUCUACGUCUUGCAGCAGCAGGUGAAAGAAAUUCAGGAGGAUUUAGACAAGCUGCGUUCUCAGAGUGUAAGGCCUACCAAUAAGUGCAGGGCAGUGAACAGGUUGGCAGCGGCUCAUCGCGGGGCAGUCCGAGCCAUGAAGGCGUUCAUUCAUCAGCUGUCAGACCCUGCUGAGAGUAGAGUACCUGCCCAGUGUAAAGAGCUGGGUCAGCUCAUACGCCAGCUUUCGCUCUGCUCUGCCAAGGUGGAUGCGAGCCAGGGCUCAGCUGUACCAGAGACCACACUGGACAUCCUACAGAAGUUAGAAACGCUGGACUUGGUGCUCAGUAAGCAGGAUAGUCAGCAGGAGCCAUGUAUGCAGAGUAUCUCUCCUGUAAGAGAAAGGACUUCCAGGGUCAGUGGACGCAGUACGUCCCUUCCUCGUUUUCCCCAGGCCCAGACUGCCAAAGACGCCCGACAACCAAAGAAGUCAUCAGCUCCAAAAAAGAACCGAAGAGCGGCGGGCCAGGGUUUGAAAGCAGGACAAAUCUUCGACCAAGAGCGCAAGGAGGUUCUGAAGGCUGGGAUCCAGAACCUGGUGCGCAUGUGGGAACUGAGAGAGGGGGAGAGUCGGAGAGGGCCAGAAAUGGACAUCCCUAAAUCAUCUAGUGGUGCUGCCCAUCCAGACAAGCGCAAGCCAAGUGUUCAUGUUCGUGAUGCUGCUUUCCAGCAGCCCACUGUUUCAUCCAAGCUCAGAGAAAGUCAGUUACCACAGAGAGAGGCAUCAGUGCCCUGGAUCCCUACAUCUCCUCAUUCUCCUGUGAAGCAACGCAGAGCUGUGUCCAGCAGACCGGAGCCGAGGUGUCUCUUCUCCCCAGUAAAGAACUCCUCACAGCCCACCGGUGCACAAGCCAAAAGCCAAAGCCAGGGAAAGACCAGCACUGAAAACAUCAGAGACGCGCAAAAUGGGGCCCUCAGGCAAGCCUGGCUGGAUACAGUAGCAGAAAACAGACAGAGAGAACUGAACCAAUUUAGUCAAGAGGAAAUGGGGGAUAUUCACAGACUCAGGGCUGAAGCGGGCUCUCCAACACAGUGGAAUGAGGGAGCAGAGCAAGCAACUAGAGAAAGACUCCAACUUCUACUGGAUUGUGUGCAGGCUGCAGUGAGUACAGAUGUGGAGGCCACAGCUGGCGCUGUGCAGAGGGAGGACAGGGAGCAUGACGCACUACUGCAGGACCCCAUGCUGGACAAUAUGCUACUGCGCAUGGAGGAGAUAGAGAAAGACGAGGAGGAAGUGCGGCGGCGUUUUGCUAUGAUUUCUUACUCUGACCCUCUUCUCUGGGACAUGGACACAGGAGCCCAGAGAAAGCAUAAUAUCUCCAGGCCUGCAUCUCCACAACCUAUAAGACUAACCAAACCAGCUCAGAGACUCUCCACUACAGGAGACAUUGUCCUACAGAGGCCAGUGGAGACUGGUGGAGGGUCAGAAAGCUCCCUGAUGGAUGAGGAACCACCUGAUGCUGUUCCCAGCUGUCCAUCCACAGACCAAGCACAAAAGAAAGGAGGGGUUCAGCUGAACGUCCCUUGCUGCAUUCAGAAGAACAUCCAGAGAUACAGGGAGGAGCACGAUUCCUAUCUGCACCUUGUUUCCCAUGCAGCAGUGGGCAGUUUUAACCCCUGGGCUGUAGCUGAAAGUUUGGCUGAGGAGCUGAUCAUGGAGGCCUUGGCUGAGGUGGCAAGAGAGUUCCAGGAUGUUUGUGAAGAGUAUGCAGAGGCCAUCUUCACCGCAGAGUUUCUCCAGCCAAUUCAGUCUCCUUCUCCAUCUGUGUCAUAGCAGCAUGACUAGUAGAACCAGUAGAACUUUUCAUCAUGGGUGCUUUUUUUUCCCUUAGUGCUUUAGGUAGUUGAUCUCAGGAAAACACACAGAGUUUAGCAUGGAGGUAAUGGAUGUGAAUGGCCUCCCAGUGGCCUGUCCCCUUCUUAUAUUUUUUUAUUGUAUCAUAAAAUUAUCAUACAUUUCCUCUUCCAUAUAUAACUCAGACUAGACCGGUACAUUUUUCAUACAAAUAAAAGUGGCCAGUCUCAAGGACUCAAGGGCCUGUGCGUGUGUGUUUUAUAUUAUUAUUUAUAUUGUUGAUUUGUAUACACUGGAUUUGAGGUUUUUGUUUUUCCCCACAUUCCUGUUUCCAUUGACCCUAGAUGUUUUAUUGCCAUGUGAUUUUUAAGCUGUGAUUAAGUGGUAUAGUAGUGUGUUAAAUUUAUUCAUAUAUUAGACAAGGGAGACAAAGUGGCUAAGGGGCAACAUGCCUGUCAUAGGUGAAACGUACAAUAAUUGAAUGAAUCAGCCAUUGUUAUAUUGAAUGUGUAAGUAAAUGUGUAGUCUAUAAAAUGUGAGUAUGUUUUUAAGAAUGAAGCUUCCUUACUCGUGCCAUAUGGGCACCAAAGUUAUUUCAAAGGGCUUCUUUCAGUGUUUGAAACAUUAUAUUUAUUUAUACACAAACGAAUGCCCCAUUUGUAAUUGAAAUAAACCAUUUUUACCAGAGUGGUUUUAAAAAAAAUGCAUUGUCUAUUAUUUAUUUAAUUUUUAUUGCAGGAGAAUUGAUUGAACAUUUCAAAUUCCAAGUGCCACACCACACUCAUUUUUAUUAAGUGCUGAAAGUGCUUUAUUUAUUUAUUUAUUUAUUUAUUUAUUUACUUAUUUAAAUAAUCAACAAACAAAUAAAUAAAUUAGUGGAUGGAUGAAUGAAUGAAUAAAAAAAGUAUGCUUGCAACAGGGCAGUGUAAUCAAUAGGCUGUGUUUCUUGGUAGCUGUUUUUACAAGAAUCUCUACAGUGACUGCAUCGAGAAAUGUUUUUCUUGUUGGACUUACUAUCUGAUACUAAUAGUCUCAGUCUCUCAAGGAGUGUGGCAAUGUAGUGUGGCCUGUUUACAAGAGGAGAGCUGGCCCUCACAUCUUUGCUUCUAUUAGUAUUAAUUUAGCGGUAUGUGUGUACAGAAUGAACUUGAUUGCUGAUGUGCCAUGUGGCCUUGUAUUUGAUGAGCUUUUUGGUGUUCAAAUGAUGUAAAUAUGAGAACUAUUGCAGCUGUAUGAUUAUAGAAAAUAUCACAAUGUCAUAUAUCUCAUUUUUGACCAAUGUAGAGCAAAUUUUAGGUUUGAGCAUUAGUACUUUUUAAAAAGAUUUAUUAUGAACAGUCAUAAAUGCAGAUUAACUUAUUU